CUUGCUUUCAUACUACUCUCGAUGAAUUCACGACCUACAUCGCCAGAGGCACCUCCUCAGGACUUAUGGUCGUCCAUUCUUGAUUCCGUCUCGUCGUCGCGUUCAAUAAAUUCUAAACAAAUCCUUUUGUUGGGCCAACCAUCAGCAGGCAAAUCCACGCUUGCUUCUGCGCUGUUGCAAAAACCACUGGAUAGCGAUGGCAAGGAGGAUCGCAAAGUUGAUUUUGCUUUGGGAUAUGAUUUUGCGGAUGUAAGAGAUGAUGCAGGCGAAGAUACUCUUGCUAGACUGUCGGUAUACACCGUUCCAUCGUCCAAUCUCUCCUAUACUGCUCUUCUUCCACAUUUUCUACCGCCGCGGACGUGUUUACCGCAUACCCUUGUUAUGAUUGUGCUGGACUGGACGCGUCCUUGGACCUUUAUAGAGGAGCUAGAAAUUUGGUUCAAAUGGAUCGACGACUGGGUCAAGAGCGAUGACUCUCGCGAGGCGCAGAUUGCAAGAGAAGAAGGCCGCGAACGGUUGCAGUCGCAUCUACAACACUACACGGAGCCGUCAAGUGACCCAAUACCUGCGACGUCAACAUUAAGUUCAAGCACUCUAUUGCCACUUGGCUCCGGGACAUUCACUCACAAUACAGCUGGGGUCCCAAUCAUUGUUACAUGCACCAAAGCCGAUCUUAUCGAUGAAGGACACGAUCUUGUAGCCGGAGCCUCGGGGAUGGGUGGUAUGGUGAAAGGUACGGGUGGAGAAUGGGAAGAAAGAACCGACGGGAUUAUGCAAGUUCUGCGGACGAUAUGUCUGAAAUAUGGAGCUGCAUUGUUUUACACUACGCCUCUACCUACCACGCUACAGGUAUUGCGGCACUACGCGCUGCAUUUACUUUUCGCGCCACCCGCUCCCUCACCCGCUGUGGUUGCUGGAGGGGAGGCUUCUGCUACAGUCAGGAAUCCUUUUCCUUUCAUGCAUAAGCCAAACCCUUUAGACCGAGACCAUCUCUUUAUCCCGGCAGGAUGGGACAGCUGGGGAAAAAUAGAAGUCGUGCGACCAUUUGAACCUAGGGCGUGGGGCGAGGCAUGGGAAAGGGACUUGGAAGCUGGGUACGACCCAGCGUCUCACGAGAUGGGGGCUAAGAAGAUGUUCCAGGCUUUAGUCCCCGAUCAGGGUACGAAGCCUCCGCCACUACCGCCAUUCAACAGUCCUGUUCCCGAGCAAACUUUUCUUCUGAAAAAUUACGAGGAAAAUCUCAAAAAGUCAGACCGAGAUCCUCGAGGUGCAUUCCGCAAUCCCGCAGAACUGGAAGGGGCGACUGCAGGUAUUGUCGGUCCGUUGGGAAGCAGCAGCUUCAAUCUUCCGAAUGUUGUUCGGGCACUGUCUGAGAUGGAGAUGGGCAGCAAUAGCGGUGGUGGUCCAUCAAGUUCAAGUGUCACAGACGCUGCUGCGAGGAGACUUCCUGGACGGACAACGACGGGGAGACCUACAACGUUGGGAACGCAGACAUCACCAAGACAGCCUUCAUUGCCAUCGCUGGGUACUUCUCCAAGUCCUUCUGCGACUGGUGAACAAACGCAGCAUGAAGUUUUGCAGAACUUUUUCCAAAGUCUACUCAGCAACAGGGAUCGACCUAGUCCUGCAUCUGCGUCUCGCCCAAUAGUUAAUGGAGCUUCGACGGCUUCGGUCGGCCAGGAUGAGGCAAACUCAUGAUGUUUUUUCCUUAUGUUGCCUUGCCAUUCUUACACAUGGAUGUUCGUUAAUUUUGAGUGAUAUACAUCUUGACUAUGAUCCCAAUGAGCAGCAACCUUUUAUUAAUC